AUGACCACCGAGGGCGGGCCGCCACCGCGCCCACCGCCGGCCCCGCUCCGCAGCGCGUGCAGCCCGGCCCCCGGCGCGCUCCAGGCCGCUCUGAUGAGCCCGUCGUCCGCCGCCGCCACCCUGGAGACCACCUCGUCGUCGUCGUCGUCGUCCGCCUCCUGCGCCUCCUCCUCCUCCUCUUCUGCCUCCUCCUCCUCCUCCUCCAAUCCGGCCAGCGCGUCCGCUGCCUGCAAGAGUGCGGGCGGCGCGGGCGCCGGGAGCGGGGGCGCCAAGAAGGCGAGCUCCGGGCUGCGGCGGCCGGAGAAGCCCCCCUACUCGUACAUCGCGCUCAUCGUCAUGGCCAUCCAGAGCUCGCCCAGCAAGCGUCUCACGCUCAGCGAGAUCUACCAGUUCCUGCAGGCGCGCUUCCCCUUCUUCCGCGGCGCCUACCAGGGCUGGAAGAACUCCGUGCGCCACAACCUCUCGCUCAACGAGUGCUUCAUCAAGUUGCCCAAGGGCCUUGGGCGGCCCGGCAAGGGUCACUACUGGACCAUCGACCCCGCCAGUGAGUUCAUGUUUGAGGAGGGUUCGUUCCGCCGCCGGCCGCGCGGCUUCAGGCGGAAGUGCCAGGCGCUCAAGCCCAUGUACCACCGCGUGGUUAGUGGCUUGGGCUUCGGGGCCUCGCUGCUGCCCCAGAGUUUCGACUUCCAGGCACCGCCGUCAGCGCCGCUGGGCUGCCACGGGCAGGGCGGUUACGGCGGCCUUGACAUGAUGCCCGCGGGCUACGACGCUGGCGCAGGCACCCCGGGACACGCACAUCCACACCACCACCACCACCACCACCACGUCCCGCACAUGUCGCCCAACCCGGGCUCCACCUACAUGGCCAGCUGCCCCGUGCCCGCCGGGCCUGGGGGUGUAGGCACGGCUGGGGGCGGCGGCGGCGGUGGGGAUUACGGUCCGGACAGCAGCAGCAGCCCCGUGCCUUCAUCCCCUGCCCUGGCGAGCGCCAUCGAGUGCCACUCUCCCUACACGAGCCCCGGAACGCACUGGAGCUCGCCUGGCGCCUCGCCUUACCUCAAGCAGCCUGCCACCCUGACGGCUAGCAGCAACCCCGCGGCCUCGGCAGGCCUGCACUCCAGCAUGUCCUCCUACUCGCUGGAGCAGAGCUACCUGCACCAGAACGCCCGCGAGGAGCUGUCAGUGGGACUGCCUCGAUACCAGCAUCACUCUACCCCAGUGUGUGACAGAAAAGAUUUCGUCCUCAACUUUAACGGCAUUUCUUCUUUCCACCCCUCUGCAAGUGGGCCAUAUUACCACCACCACCACCACCAGAGUGUAUGUCAGGAUAUUAAGCCCUGUGUCAUGUGAAUGGAGGGAUGGAGGCCAUGCCAUGGCCUCUUUCUCCAUGGAGGUGGGGGUUGGGCUGAAUGAGCUGACAUGGAACCACAUAAAGUACACCCGAUAGCAGUCAGUAGCACACCAGUCACUUAGAAUCCCCAGGCAAGCAUUGUUCACUGACACUUGUCCUCCAUUGGUAGAAGGACAGGCCCUGGCAUGGUAGUGCCCUAAAUGUGUGCAGGCGCCAAUGAGGGGGAGAGCUGAGAACUCAACUUCUUAGCAGAGAUGGUAAAAAGUUACCAUAUGAAAAACAUAAACAUGUAACUCUGGGAUCUUCGUUGCCUUCAGUUAUCAGGGUCUGAGAAACGCAGACGAGUUGUUUGUGUGUUUUUCUGUCUAUGAAAAUUUAUAUGCUUUUCAAAAAGGCAGUGCUAAACACAAGAUUUGAAGAAAGCAGCACCUUGUUGC